UAAUGAUUGUUGUCAGUUGUCAUCCACGACCAUCAGUCCGUCAGUCAACCGGUUAGAUGAUAAUUUUCCCAUCAUUCUGAACAAUAUGAUGGACUGAUCUGGCGCCAAACUGAUCGUGUAACCCUUGCUUACCACACCACGCAUAACAUCAUUUCGUGUUAACAUUUGUGUAAGCAAGUGCGUCGCUUAUUUUUCCUCUGUGUGAUUUGAGCCAAGGAUUUGAGAGUGAUUGUAUAUUGCUAGUGGAAGUUUUCAGCCAUGGAAGACCUAGUAGCAUACAAGGUUUAUACAUUUUGGAGGGAGGGCGCCAAGCCUGAAGUCCGUAGAUUUGGAAUUGAGAAGUCUGUUGUCACCAGUUUCCAGUAUCUGAAUGCAAAGCUGCAGGAUGUGUUUCCUGGACUCAAGACAAGAAACUAUGUUGUCACCUGGAAAGAUGAGGAAGAUGAUGACAUCACCAUUUCAUCAGAUGAAGAGGUGAUAGCUGCUCUGACAGCAAUCACUCCAAAUUCAAACAUCAUCAAGCUGUUUGUCCACUGCAAGGACGAUGAGAAGAAAGAUGACGAUGAUGUGGAAGUUGUGAUAACAGCUCAUACUCAGGGAUUGAAUGAUAUUUUGACAGCCGCAGCAGGCUCCAACAACAUGGUCCACUACGGCGUGACUUGCGACGGAUGCGAGAACGAAGUGGUUGGGUUCCGUUACAAGUGCAUCUCUUGCGACGAUUACGACCUGUGCGCCGCGUGCGAGUCCAACGGCCUCCACCGGGAACACUGCAUGCUUCGCGUGCCUUUGCCCACUCUCCCGCGCACUGUGAUCAAGGCGGCAAUAAAAAGGUCGCGCCACUUCUUGAAAUCCGUGGUAGGGCCAGUCGGUGAAGACUGCGGUUUCAAGAGGCACAGGCGCGAGAGGAGUGGCGAGAGGAAGCAUCGCGGAAACGGCGAUGGGGGUCACGGGGGUCAUGGGGCACACGGGGGUCAUGGCGGACACGGGGAUCACGGCGACCGACGUGAAUAUAGGGAACAUCACCACCGGCGCCCGCGCAGCAGCUGGCUGGAAACCUUCGCAACUUACAUGAACGAGUUCGCCAAUUUGGCUGGCGACGUGCCCAUUGAUAUUACUGGCGAACCCAAAAAGGACGCAAACGCCCAGGCCUCCAAAGAAGCAAGCACAUCUAACGCCCCACAGCCAGAAAACACCCAGGCAAAUGCCCAAAAAUCCACCAAUCAGGAGCAAGCUAGCCAACCUAAUGCUGCAAACGCCUGCCCAUUCCUCCUGGAAGGUCUUAAUGUUCAGAACAUUCAGAAACUAAUUGAUAUGUACGUCAGUGGGCGUCUUAAUAUGGAUGAGUUUAUGCGCGAGCAAACCACUGCGGCUGACAAUGUUGGUUCCAAUACCAAUAAUGCGGCCAAUGCGGCCAAUGAGGAUGUAGAGAUGGGUCAGACCGGUCAGAAUGUGCCCGAUAACGUGUCAGUUGCAUCGUCCGAACCUCGAACUAAUGAACACGACGCCCACAAUAGAGAUGCGUCACCUGAUAAAACUGAUGGUUGGACAAUGAUCUCAAAGGAAAAGGAUUUGGAAGAAGCUGGCGCGGCCCCUACUCCGAUAGGAUUCAAUUUGCCCGAAGAGUUCCAAGAGAGGGUACAGAUUUCUCAACGCCAGAACUUGUAUCCGCCCCUCAAUACUGCUACUGCUGUGUUGAAUCCCAAAGAGGCGGAGCUCUCUCAAGUUGCGCCGUCGGCCCCGCCGGCGCAGGCUCCGCCGGCCCCGGCGCAGGCCCCGCCCACUCGGCCGCAGCCGCAGCCGCAGCCCCAGCCCCAGCCGCGCCAACGUCACCCUAAACCCCACAUCGAUGCUGCCAUUCAGCAAAUGCUCGCUAUGGGCUUCGGCAAUGAAGGUGGUUGGCUGACCAACGUCGUGGAAAGCAAGGACGGGAACAUAUCCGCCGUCUUGGACUUGUUGACGCCUGUCCAGAAGAAGUAAAGUGGGAUAUCACACACAUCCUCUUUUGUUUUUUGCAAACAAUAGUCUGUUCUUUCGGUAUUUGUUUAGUGGAAAUUUUUUUUAACUCAAUUGUCUUGUCUGAAAUUAAUAUUUUAAGUUUGUUACUUGCGAUAAAUAUAAUUGUUCUUAAUUAUAUUUUGCGCAUGUACCUGUAUCACGCAAAUCACUUGCAAACAUUUAUUCAUUAAUUAAUUAUAUUUUGCGUAUGAAAUUGUAUCACGUAAACAUUUUUCGCUUGUUGUGUGAAAAUUUGACCCCAGAUAGGUAGGUAUUACAGUUUUGUAUGCCGCAUCAUUUUUAUAUACUUACUUAUAUUAUAGUUGCCAUUAAUUUGAGUAGCUUUAUGUGUUGUCUGUAUAAUUUCACCACAAUCAUUAAAACAUGAGGAUGUGACAAUAUGCAAUCACUAUAAUUGUAAUGUACGAAUUUAUUCAUGGGACGAUAUAUACCUUAACGGCCCCUAAUUUGGUGUAGGUCUGUAGUAGUGAUGUCUAGGUCUAGUUUAAGUACUAUGCUAUUAUUCUUGAGACAGAUUAUUUUAGCCUAUUUCUUAUAAUAAUAAUACUGAUAAAUGUUUCAAAAAUAUUAAAUAGAUAUGUAUAUGAAUUACAUAGUGUGUUGUUUUAUUCGUUUUUUUUUACAAUUUUAUCAAAUUUGUGAUAUACAUAAUUUCAUAAUGUGGGUUUUAUUAUUCUGUUUGAAUAUUUCCAAAAUAUGUUUAGUAAUUUUUUUUUUUUUAUUAUUACAAUAACAAUUUUAUUACAUUCCUGUAAUUUUGUUUGUUUUUAAAUUACAAUUAAACCUGCAUAUAUUAUUGAUGCUUUUAUAUAAGAUCUAUAUUCUCUUAGCAUUUAGAGAAUGAAUGAAUAUGUGAUAUUGAAAUGACUGAGUGAUUAUAUUAUAGAUAUAGUAGGAUUAGUUGGUAUAUCAAUAAAGGUUAUUGGGAAA